AUGCGCUUCCUCCAGAUCAUCCCCGCCGUCUUCGCGGCUUCGACUCUUGCCGCCAAAUUCGAAAAUUUCGUCGACACUUCCUGCCAACGAUACUCCGCAGACUACAAGCUCAUCACAGUUGCCGAGCAAGAGAAACUCAUCGUCGACUCGUGGGCAAAAACACCCACUUCACAAGAGACGUCGCGUGCGUUCUCUCCGAAGGGCUCUUGCCCUUCCAACGCGGACGACACAUACAAGUGGAUUACGGUGCCCCAGUGGAAUGAUGUGCCAACUAGAUUCGGGCGUCCAGGAGGAGGUUCCAUUGCUGUGGUCUACUUCAACGAGACAGACACCUACCACGUCUGCAGAUACUUGGCUUCUGUGCAACCGAACGGUUAUGCGGGCUUUUGUAAGUAG